GCGCCAGCCCUUCCGCCUCUGCCGCGGGGCCGGGCUCCCUGAGGCGGCGGCGGCGGCGGCGGCCGGGCCCGGCUCCGCCAUGGCCUCCUGCGCCGACAUCCUCCGCAGCGAGUUCCCCGACCUGGACGGCGAAGUCUUCGCUUACGUGACGGGGAUCCUGCACGGCGGCGGGGCGGACUUCGAGUCGGUGGACGAGCUGGUGGAGGCGGUGGGGGAGCUGCUGCGGGAGGUGUCGCAGGACGCCAAGGACGACGGCGCCAUCCGGGAGAUCUGCCAGCGCCUCUUCAACACCCUGCAGCUGGACGAGGGCCAGGCCCAGCGCUGCAGCCAGGUGCUGCUGGACACCCCCAUCCAGCUCUCCCAGAUCACCGACGGAUACGCGGACACCAGCGUGGACCUGCUGCCGGGGCUGUUGCUGAAGAGGGGCCAGACCUCGAUGGUGAAUGCCAAAAAACUGGAGAAGGCGGAAGCCAGGCUGAAAGCCAAGCAGGACAAGAGGAUGGAGCGUGAUUCCCUAAAGUCAUCUGGUCCUCUGGUCCUUGAGGAGGCAUCUGCCAGCCAAGCUGCCAGCAAGAAGGAGACUCGCAUGGAGUCAUCAGGCAAGAAUAAGUCGUAUGAUGUGCGCAUCGAGAACUUCGAUGUGUCCUUCGGUGAGCGUGUCCUACUGGCGGGAGCAGACCUGAACCUGGCGUUUGGACGGCGCUACGGGCUGGUGGGCAGGAACGGGCUGGGGAAGACCACGCUGCUGAAGAUGAUCGCCAGCCGGAGCCUGCGCAUCCCCUCGCACAUCAGCAUCCUGCACGUGGAGCAGGAGGUGGCGGGGGACGAGACGCCGGCGCUGCAGAGUGUGCUGGAGUGCGACACCACUCGUGAGAGCCUGCUGCGGGAGGAGAGGGAUCUGACGGCCAAGAUUAAUGCUGGCAGGGGAGAGGGGACAGAAGGUGCGAGGCUAUCGGAGAUCUACGCGAAGCUGGAGGAGAUUGAGGCAGACAAGGCGCCAGCGAGGGCGUCCGUCAUUCUCGCUGGGCUGGGCUUUAAUGCAAAGAUGCAGCAACAGACAACCAAAGAGUUUUCCGGGGGCUGGAGAAUGAGACUGGCCUUAGCCAGAGCCCUGUUUGCCAGGCCAGAUCUCCUUCUGCUGGAUGAGCCAACGAACAUGCUGGACGUGAGGGCCAUUUUGUGGCUGGAGACCUACCUGCAGACCUGGCAGUCGACCAUCCUCGUGGUGUCCCACGACAGGAACUUCCUGAACGCGGUGGCCACGGACAUCAUCCACCUGCACUCGCAGCGGCUGGACACGUACCGUGGGGACUUUGAGAAUUUCAUGAAGAUCAAGGAGGAGCGGCUGAAGAACCAGCAGCGAGAGUACGAAGCCCAGCAGCAGUAUCGCGAGCACAUACAGGUUUUCAUCGACCGCUUUCGCUACAACGCCAACCGGGCGUCCCAAGUGCAGAGCAAGCUCAAACUGUUGGAGAAGCUGCCAGAGCUGAAACCUGUGGACAAGGAAUCUGAGGUGAUCAUGAAGUUCCCCGAUGGCUUCGAGAAGUUCUCCCCCCCAAUCCUGCAGCUAGACGAAGUAGACUUCUAUUACGACCCCAGUCACUACAUCUUCCGUUCCCUCUCUGUCUCUGCUGACCUGGAGUCCCGCAUCUGUGUGGUUGGGGAAAACGGAGCUGGCAAGUCGACCAUGCUAAAGAUCUUAAUGGGGGAGCUGGCACCAGUCAGAGGGAUCAGACAUGCUCACAGAAACCUGAAGAUUGGUUAUUUCAGCCAGCACCACGUGGAUCAACUGGACUUGAACAUCAGUGCUGUAGAGUUACUGGCAAGAAAGUUCCCAGGGAAGACGGAGGAGGAGUACCGGCAUCAGCUGGGGAGCUACGGCGUCUCGGGGGAGCUGGCCGUGCGGCCCGUGGCCAGCCUGUCUGGAGGUCAGAAGAGUCGCGUGGCCUUUGCCCAGAUGACUAUGUCCUGUCCAAACUUCUACAUCUUGGAUGAGCCGACGAAUCACCUGGACAUGGAGACCAUUGAGGCACUGGCAAAGGCACUGAAUAAGUUCCGGGGUGGUGUAAUUCUGGUGUCCCACGACGAGCGCUUCAUCCGCCUGGUGUGCCAGGAGCUGUGGGUGUGCGAGAACGCCACCGUGACCCGCAUCGAGGGCGGCUUCGACCAGUACAGAGACAUCCUGAAGGAGCAGUUCCAGAAGGAGGGUUUCCUAUAAGGGAGGCGGGAGCCGGACUGAGCCGGGGGCUGGAGCACGAAGCUCGGCCGCCUCAGCAUCCAUCCCAACUGUGCCUGGCAGAGCACCGAGGACGCUGCUGCCCGCAUGGACCGUCAGCCAUGCCAUCAAACUGUCACCUGAACGGCUCUCCCCCCCUGGGACCGGGCGGAAGGACAGCGAGGGAGCAGGAGCCCGGUGCUGCGCGUGGCCGGGGGGGCACGCUGGGGGCUCGGGAAAGGCUCUGCCUGGAGCUGCUGCUCUGCCGAGAGGAGGGAAGGAGGUGUCACGGCCUGACCCCCCCUCCGUGCUCUGGAGGGCUGGAGAGGAGCUGUUCUCCAUGUUUCUUCGCUUCCCCCUCUUGCCUUUUUCUUUCUUUUCUUUUUUUUUUUUUUUUUUUUUUUUUUUUCUAACUGCCUGAACACUAGUCUGGCUCCAUCACAUGCCACCAUCCCCUCUGCCCCCCUCGGAGGGAGACGAGGCCUUUGCUGCUAAAAGUGACCCUUGCCUCUUCCCCCUAGCCCCUGCAAGCGGGGCUGGCUUGGCCCGUCCUCCCCAGGGGCUUGUGUCUGCAGUGCCGAGGGAGCCAGAGCCCGGCGCUGCCCCGGGCCCCGCUCCCUGCUCCCCUUCCCCGCGCUGCUGCCGGUGCCCCCUCGCCUCCCUGCCUGCCUCGGCUUUCCAGCCGCCCCCGGGCUGGGCUGCCCGGCCCCCUCCUGCCCGCCCGCACCGCGGUCGCCGUGUAAAUAAACCCAGGACGCAGCGGG